GGGAUGGGCGCGCGGUGGUGGGGACGUGUAGGUGACUAAAUAAGUGCCUGAUAAGUCAGUUAACUUCCUUCUUAGGCUUCCCUUCUUGCCUUUAAUACAUUUGGGGUUUGUUCUGAGGUGAAUAUGAGAGAAAAAGGUCCCAAGGACUCCGACCUUAGAAGGUUCUCGGAAGCCAAUCCCUUAAUAUUCUAUCACAGCUACCGAUCAUUUACUGCUCCUCCUACCCAUUGGCACGAUUUCGUGAUGAAUGUGUUUGGUCAAUGACUUAAUGGUCAUAGAGGUGACGUCACGUGGACAGAGGCUAUGAUGCCAGAGUUGGCUUCCUGGUGACAAUUUGAGGUCAGCAGAGGCCAUGGUAUUAAUGGGUACAAAGAGACCCCAAUAUGUGGAGAAUGAAAGCAAAGGCAGGAGCCUGAGUAUCCAGUGCUCUUUAUGGGCUGUCAGUUCGGCGUCCAGUGUAGGGAAAUCGAAGUCUUACAAAUGCCAAGGGCACUUGCUGGCUCAGUCGGUGGAUCAUGCCACUAUUGAUAUCGGGGUUGUAGGUUGGAGCCCUAUCUUGGGUGUAGAAAUUAGUUAAAAUCAUUAAAAAAAUUAAAUAAAUAAAAUAAAAAUAAAACAAAACGUGGGUUUCCAUCACAGGCUAGAACCUCUAGGUCCUGGGCAUUAUUCUCAUUGCCACUCCAGUCACAUGAACCCAUGCAGCCAGCCCACCCAUCUAGCCAUAAGAUCAAAAGCUGCAGACUACCCCACAUUCAAAAUCAGACAUUAAGCACCCUCUCUUUUUGUCACAUCACUCUCACUGGCCUCUGGACCCUUUCUCUUACUUGGUUGUCUUCUAUACACGCUUAUCAUAUGCUUCCCAGAGACCAUUAAAUGAACCACAGUACUGAAGUGACCUUCCACAUCACUCUUGACUAACUCCUCUAGCUAGACAAGAAGACCUCAGAACCUUUCUACUGCCUAAGAAUAUCAUUGUCAUUGACCAAGGGACAGAGAACUGACCCAAGGACCAGGACACCUUAUCUAUAAUCCAGGCCCCAAAUGAACAGUCCUUUUAUCUCUUCACAUAGCAGUAAUAAGAUUCAGAAGUCUCAGUGCCAUUUAACCAGGUUUAGAUAGACCUACUUUAUAAAGAAACUAGUUUAUAUUUUGGAGUUGGGGAAAGAGGAGGAAAACCACCAUUUUCUCUUCCCAAGUUACCUUGGACCUAGCUUCACACCUACCAACCAAUACUCCUUUGGCUUGGGGAUCAGAUAGGUAGGUCUUAGGAAAGAACUUCAAAAAGAGAAGCCAAGCAGAGCCCCAAAGGAACACUGACCUCAGCUACCUUCUCGGUGACUUCAAAGUGCCACUGAUCAAUAUUUGCUCCCAAUUUAGCAUCUCACAGAGGAUUUCCUCCUAACCCUAGAAUAGUCUGACCUGGUUUCUGCUCUCUGGUUAAUCAUCCACAGAGACUAACCGGCUGACCAGAAGCUUGAACUCAAGUGCCCUGAAAAGACAGGAGGCAUUCUCUGGGAAAUGGCCAGGACACAAAGAGGCUCCUCUGUUCCCAGCGCCUGAGAACUCGGAUUCCCCCGGCGGUGAGUGAGAGCGCGAGCUAGGGACUUGGGGCUCAGCCCCAGACUCUACGUCGACAGGCCUUCCAGAAUGGGGCCACAUUUGGGAAGAAGACAGGAGAUAUUAAACACAAGUGAGCCGCCACGAUUCAUGGAGAGCAUUACCCACAUGCCCCAUCCCAGGCCUCCAGCCACAGCAACCACACGUCUCAUUUCCCUUGGAGCUGAGGCUGCAUACCUGGGCUCCCCAUGGAGGGGGAUGAUGCAGGGAGGGAAAUCCCACCUGCUGUGAGUCACCUGCUGCUAUAAAGGGCGGGCCUUACAAUGCAGGGACCUUAAAAAGAGACUCAGAGACAAGGGGAGAAAAGCAGCAGGAAGCAGCUCAGAAACUCAGUGAACAACAGAAGGAACCAAAGCAGAGGCGCGCAGAACAGACAGCAUCAGGCUCAGAAGAGAGGGAAGUGGGCAGAGAUUCCACAAGGACCGGCGCGAGGCACAGAGCCAGCCAGAUUUGAGCAGGCGACGGGAUGCUGGGGAGCAGGGUUCUGAUGCUGCUCUUGCCGCUGCUGCUGCCACCGCUGCCCUGGCUGGCUGAGACCCGAGCCGUGCCUGAGGGCGGUCGCCCUGCCUGGGUCCGGGGCCAGCAGCUCUCACAGCAGCUCUGCACGCUGGCCUGGAGCACAAAUCCUCAUGUGGACUUACCAAGAGAAGAGGAAGAUGAUGAGACUACACAGGAGGUCCCCCGCAUCCAGUGUGAGGAUGGCUGUGAUCCCCAAGGACUCGAAGACAACAGUCAGUUCUGCUUACAAAGGAUCCACCAGGGCCUGGUUUUUUAUGAGAAGCUGCUAGGCUCAGACAUUUUCACAGGGGAGCCUUCUUCACUCCCCAACGGCCCUGUGGACCAGCUUCACGCCUCCCUCUUGGGCCUGAGGCAACUCUUGCAGCCUGAGGGUCACCACUGGGAGACUGAGCAAACUCCAAGCCCCAGUCCCAGCCAGCCAUGGCAGCGCCUCCUUCUCCGCUUCAAGAUCCUUCGCAGCCUCCAGGCCUUUGUGGCUGUAGCUGCCCGGGUCUUUGCCCAUGGAGCAGCAACCCUGAGCCCCUAAGGCCAACGGCUUAAGGAUGGCACCCAGAUCUCCAUGGCUCAGGAGGGCUGAAAUCAAUCAGCCCAGGCACCUGGGAGCUGACAAGUUAAUUAGUCCAUUAAUUCUAAUGAGACUUGUGUAUGUUGAAAAUUACCAAUACUAACUUAUGCUGCUGAUCUAGGACCAAGUUGAGUAUUUAUUAAAAAGGAAGGGAAAACUUGAGAUUAUUUAUCCUCAGGGCAGCAGUUUGGGGAGGAUUAUUUAUUAUAUUUAUUCUGAAUUAUGUACUUUUUUCAAUAAAGACUUAUUUAUGUGGA